GAAGAAGAAAUCAUUCCCUGAAACUGUGAGCGAGAGGGAGGCAGGUAGGCGAACAUCUCGGCAAGGUAAAUACGAUAUCAACCCGCAGUUCUCGAGCUUGCUGGAUAUGUACCUCGAUCUAGAGAGCGUACGAGAUCACAGCUUCAACAACUGUUCUCUCAUCUCGGAGCUAAAAAUCAUUGAGGCGUUGGAUCGCUGGAGUCCUUUCAAGUGGCACACACCAACUGCUUGGCAGGACAUAGCGCUAGGACUCAGCUGGACUCGAAUUUACGCACAUCCGAACGUAGUGACUCGUGGUCCUACCAAGUGGCUAGAAGCAUAUUGAGGUCCUCGAGUCCUUCUCGUAGCCAUCUCAGUUUAGGUCUGAGUCUCGGUCUGAAUCUUGCUCGGCCAAGCUGAUCUUGAAAACCAUCACGUCACAUCGAGAAGCUGACGGAUGACGUGGGCCAUCGUCAAGACAACAUAGGUCACUCUUCAUCACCCCGCAUCACACACACAGACACAGAUAGAGAGUAAGAGAGCCAGAGAGCCAGCGAGAGAGAAAGAAAGAAAGAUAUGGCGGAUGGGAGACAAGGUGCUCACUAAAAUGGUCAGGACAAUUGCCAGAGCCUAAUCCGAUUUCAAACACGACUGGGAGUGAAAAUCGACGCCUAAAACCAGAGUCAUGGGUGGUGUAACGAGUGGGGAGAUCCGGGAGUUUGGGCGGGUGGCUUGUAUUUGUUUGUUAUGGUAUUUUGUCAGUUCGUGUAAUGGCGUGUUUGGGAAGUGGAUUCUCACCGAAUUCCAGCAUCCAUUCACCAUCACUCUAGUGCAGUUGUUGUCAAUCACCAUCUUCAUUCGUCCAGUGUGCUCGUUCCUGAGGAUUCGUCCCAUGUCUAAUGUGUCUUGGCGAUAUUACACCCGGUUGGUCAUACCUUUGGCCAUAGCCAAGUUCCUCUCGAGUGUGUUAGCUCAUGUGAGCAUAUGGAAAGUGCCCGUGUCCUAUGCUCACACGGUGAAAGCCACCAUGCCCUUCUUUACGGUGCUCAUAUCGCGCAUGUUUUGCGGGGAGCGAUUCUCUUGCAAGACCUAUAUGGCCUUACUUCCUGUGGUAUUGGGGGUAUCCGUGGCCACUUUAACAGAAGUGUCUUUCGAUGUGAUCGGCCUCACGAGCGCCCUGCUGGCCACGGCCGGCUUCUCAGCCAUGACCAUUGUCACAAAAAAGAUUCGGGACGAAACGGGUGUGCACACGAUCCGAUUGCUUCUAGUCACUGGCCAGUUGUCUUUGUUUAUGUUCCUUCCAGUAUGGUUCUUUGUGGACUUCCAAGAGGUCAUUCGACAUCCUCUGCUCACGGCCGAAAACAGCUCAUUCAGUAUUUUACUUCUUUUGGUGCUUGAUGGCAUGUUCCAUACCCUACAGAACUUGCUGGCCUUCACGUUAAUGAAUAUUGUCAGUCCGUUGACGUACUCGGUGGCCAAUGUGAGCAAGAGGAUUGUCAUCAUCACCUUCUCGAUCUUCAUGCUCAAGAAUCAUGUAACCACGACGAACUUUUUGGGCAUCCUCAUGUCCAUUGUGGGCGUGGGGUUGUAUAACAAAGUGAAAUAUGAUGAGAAACGUGCCAAAGAGCUACCAACGUCGAUGAAGCAUCUGAACAAUAACUCUUCUUCCUCCUAUGAUCGACCUCCGCCGAAAGUGAAUCUAUGGAAUAAUAACGGCUUUACAUCACGGGUCAAAUUGGCCAUGCCCGCAGAUUAUUCUCGUCUCAAUGGGAGUUACAACCAUCAAUUAUAGCACCAUACCAGCUUUAUCAAACCAAUCUGACAAACGCAUAUUUCAAUUUACCGUCGCAAGAAAACCCCGACCUUCAGUUGUCUUCCCUUAGAUAUUGAAAUAACAAUUAUGACUCAUAACUAUGACGAUUCAAGUCGCUUUGUAUAAUUCGAAAAUGUCGCUUAAAAAUAAGUGCAAUUUUAUUUCGCUUUCAGUGGGCAUUGAAUGGACAUGCAAAAUAAUUUGACUUCCUUCUAUCUGACAGUUGAUCAUAGGAGAGUACCAAUAGACGUUAAAGUUUUAUCAAUCCUGA